GGUGACCUGCGAGAAAGACCGCGGACAGGAAGAAACAACAAGAGGCAACCAAGGUAGGGAAAUUCAUAAAAAGCGAGGAAAGCAGUGGCGCAACUUCUCGCUGCAUGGUAAAAUGCAAAUCGCAAAAGCUGGUUUAAGUGUGGAAGCAUUUCGGUGGCUACAAGGCAUCUAUAGAUAAUACAGACAAUGAGACAAAGAUGUUUUAAGAUUUUGUAGCCGCAUACGUCCCACCAACCCGCCAGCCCCUCAAUUUAGGAUCAUAAAAAAGCACAGCUCCUAAUAUGAUUAUUUUAAAGUUAGGGUUAGUUAAGUUAGGGUUAACCAGCAGGUUAGAUGGCCUCAUCCUGCUUCGGUAACUUUAACGCUGUGCGCUGAGUAAUGCGUUUUAUUUAGAAUAGCUUUAUAUCGAGUAUUGAGAUCAAACGCAUCGAACCAUACGAUAAAUGUCAUAUGUGAUGUGGCUUCACACAGCUUUAAGUUUAAACAGUAACGACAAAAGACGAUAGCAAAUAUUACGUGUUUUAGCCUUGCUUGUUCGAGCGCUAUUCACUCAGUCACAGUUUGAUUCAUUGGAAAAGUAAAGCAAAAGCUAUUUCGCCAUCUUAUUACGUAAUCAAAUGAUUAGAUGCGUUCGUUUGCACUGGUAACUGUAGAGCCAAUAUUUGCACAGUUUGCAUAUUAUACUUUGUACAUGUAUUAUCAAACCCUGAGUAAAGUCAGUUCGGGGUGGUGUCUGCACUAGGUUGACGUCAUGUACUUGUUCACCAUUCUAUACAGUAUUCAGUGGUUUUUUUUAUGAUUCAAAUACAGUGGCGCGAACUCGAUCAAUAUUUAUUCAAUAUCGAAUAAUGCCACAAUUGGAGCUAACGUCAGACGUGAGGAAUGUAUCUAGGGAAAAUGACGAUGACUGUGCAUGGAAAGGGGGUACAAAAUGGACCUCAUGUGAGGGUCAACCUAAAUGUUAAAAAUGUCUCAGUCCCGGGGGGGCACUCCCUUCCCUUAUAUAACCUAUACGGGGAUGUGCCGCUGGACAGGGUAUGGUUUUUUUACCUCUCUGUCCUAAACAGGGUAUAUAAUUUCGUAUGAGUCUGUCAACAGGAUAUUGCCUGCACUAAUGUUUUUAGGCUUGAUUUGAUUUGCUAGAUGAAUUUUUAUUUUACUCCGAUCCAAGUGUACAAAAGCAAUGACUUUAUCGUGAAUUUGCUCAAUUGCAAUUGCCAAUAAAUGGCUUUAAAACAAACAGGGUAAUAAAAUCGAGGGUAUUGUCGUUAACAGGGUAUCUAUUUUAGGAUUUUUUUGUCCUAACCAAGGUCAGGGUUUAAAACCCUCAGCGGCUCACCUAUACCCAAAUAUUGGUGGAGUACCCCCCCGGAGUCUCAGUGUUAGAUAAGUAGGCUAACCUUGUUUAUAGGCCCAUCUAGGAGUAUCACGGUCUCAUUACGCCCCCUACACCCAUCCUCAUCCACCUAAAAUUAAAAUUAUACAGUUUUGAGUCCUAAGAGUUUUGAGUCCUAUACCCCCUUCUUUUAGGUUGUCGGAGCCGUUAUGUCUGACGGCACGAAAUGAGUAAAUUGCGGCUUUAUUGUAUAGAAACAACGGACUACAUACAAACUCCCUCGAUCACGUCAUUGGUGGCAGGCUUUAACUCAAUGUACCCUCCAUCUCAUCCAUGUUUCAUGCUCACUCAAAACCCCUUACGUAUAAUUCCAGGGUGGAUCUAGUAGCAGCAGCCUGUAAAGCUGGCGUUGUGGGUGCUCGUGUCUCGUGCUUCGCGCUGGUUCCCUCUCACCAAUAUCGGGUGCCCUGCAGGCAAAAUAGAAGCAACCACUUUAGCUUUAUGGUUUGAACCCAGAAGCCACGUUACAAGGUGGAAUAUGGUCGUGGAAUAUAUUUGGCUGGGUGGGUGCAGUCGUGAAUGGGUGUUUUGGUAAUAGUUACUGUCCUUUCGAUAACCAGUUGUCCGGGACUGGAUAGUGCGUUUGAUUACGUAAUUUAAGAUUAGUUUAUUGUAGUGGAAAUACGUAGAAUGCUAGAUAAUCAAAUACUAAUGCGUGACCAAGUUUAAAAAGUCAGAUAUAGUUUUCGAUCGGCAAAGAGAGGAAACCGUUUAGGCCUUUGCGGGUGAGCUUUAACCUUCGACUUUCUGCAAAUAUUGGCUUCAGCGGUCGGAGGUUUGCAGCAAACUAUAAGUCAUCGGCUUUGUCAUAUCUUACGUCAUGUUAAUUUUGAGAAGGAACUAAAAGCAUCUCAGUCGUGAUAUAGCCAAUUACAGAGUUUCGCAGUCAUGCACAGGAAUAACAAAAUAUCUACAAUUUAGCAGUUCACUGCACACUGUUCACUUUUUAUCCUUUAAGCCCCAAUAUCCACAUACAAAUUCUGCAGACUGAACUCUAUGUACAUACCUUUUCUUUCAAGAAUUAGUUGAGGGAAUUUGAUAAAAUUUGAUGCACAGGAAUAACAAAAUAGCUUCAAUUUAGCAGUUCACUGCUUCUCAUUAUUAAUCCUCUAAGCCUCAUUAUCCACAUACAAAUUCUCCAAACUGAUCUCUAUGCAUUUCCUUAAGAAAUUGGUUGAUAGAAUUUGAUAAAAGAUCAAAGAUGUUUCUCUUUGUGAUCACUUUAUUAAUUCUCUUUGCUCUUGACAAUCUAUGGAUAUCGUUUGGAGAAAAUUGGUGUUGGUCACUAUUAAGACUAGGGUUAAAUACGUAUGGCGAUGUAUGAAUUCAGGGCCACCUUAUUUCUCCCCAUCAGCGCGCACUUCUUCCGUACUAUCCGGCAUGCGGUUACUUGCUAACAAUUCUCACGCUCUAAUAUGACAUCUUUUCACAUUCCAGCACGAGACAAAUCCGGAUACAGAGAUGCUGUUGGAGGCAGCUACCUUGAUUAUUUUUCUUGUUUUGGGCUGGCGUAUAUUUCUUGCACCAUCACCAAAAAAUCUGCCUCCUGGUCCCCGCCCUUAUCCACUGAUCGGUAAUUUGACCCAGUUGGUGGGAAAACCGAUUCACCUCGCCGUGACUGACCUUGCAAAGGAAUAUGGGAAAAUCUUCACGCUGUAUUUACCAGGUGGUCAGCGGUGUAUUCUGAUCAACUCGAUUGGUGUGGUUCGCGAGGCUUUGCUGUCAAAGAAAGAUGAUUUCGCUGGGCGACCACGAGCUUUCAUUGGUGAUUAUCUAACGCGAGAUGCAAAAGACAUCUUCUUUGCGGAUCUAUCCCCAACCAUGAUCCUCCAGCGAAAGCUUGUUCAUUCCGCUCUGCGCAUGUACGGAAGUGGACUAAAAAAGCUCGAAAAGGUUAUUUACCAAGAAGUGGAACAACUUUCGAACCGCUUCUCCGCUCACCAGGGAACCUCUUUUGAUCCAAAUCAUGACAUAAGCCUUCUAGUCUUAAACGUAAUAUGUGCUGUUGUUUAUGGGCAACGAUAUGAGCUUGAAGACGAGGAAUUUCAACGGAUCAUAAAAUAUAACAAUCACUUUGUUAAACUCUUUAAAGGUUUCAACAUCCUAGAAAUGCUUCCAUGGUUGCGGCAUUUUCCGAUCGAACAAGCGAAGAUUCUUCGCGAAGCGAGAGAAUUAAGAGACCUUGUUCUUGACGCAAAGUACCACGAACACAAGACAAAAUUUGACAACAGCAUAAACAAGGAAGAAAUAGAAAUAAAUGAUCUAACUGAUGCACUUUUGAACGCAUUCUACGAAGCAAAAGGAGAAGAUAACAAAGUUUCACAACUGCUGACCGAGGAUCAUCUAAUUAUGACCAUGAAUGACGUAUUCAACGCUGGUAUUCAGUCCACGAUAGCGACGUUGCUAUGGAUACUAUCGUAUAUGGUCAAUUACCCACACGUCCAAGCGCGCGUUCACUCUGAGUUAGAUGACGUCAUUGGCCGUGAUCGCCAGCCUUGUCUGGAAGACCGAGGUGAGCUUCCUUAUUUGGAAUGCACCGUUGCUGAAGUGUUGCGCAUCGCAACGACAACCCCGCUGUCCAUCCCUCAUAAAGCAACACGGGACAGUUCGUUGGCAGGAUAUGACAUACCAAAGAAUACCAUGGUGAUGACAAACUUAUGGGCGCUCCAUCACGACCCUCACGAAUGGGAUGAACCGGAAGUGUUUAGGCCGGAACGGUUUCUAGACGAAAAAGGAAAUUUCUCCCCCUCAGGCCCCCAGGGGUUUCGUAGCUUCCUGCCCUUUAGUGCCGGUCGCCGGGUAUGCCUAGGCGAGUCCCUCUCCAAAGCAGAGUUAUUUCUAGUUUCCGCCAGGCUGCUUCAUCAGUUUAAGUUUGAAAGAGCGCCAGGGAAAUCACUACCAGAUCUGACCGGCGAGGUGGGAGUCGUGUUAGUUCCUAGAUCGUAUGAACUUAUUGUCAAGAACAGACUUUAA